AUGUCUGACCAAAAUACUGAGAGAAUCCAAGAGCUUCACCUAUCCAUGGCACCACAAGUGCAACAUCAAACACUAGACACUAAUACCAUAACAAAAAUAAACAAUCACCCAUCAUCCUCAAAAAGCGUUCGUCGUCCUUGUGGUCGUCCACUUGGAUCCAAGAACAAAGUCAAGACAUCUAUCACUGAAACACGUGACAAUGUACUUUAUUCUCAUAAGCUUGAGAUCACUAGUGGAUCUGACGUAGUAAGUAGUCUCUUUGGUUACGUUCAUCACCGGGGAAAGGGAAUAUUCAUCCUCAGUGGAAAAGGAGCGGUGGAAAAAGUAACUCUUCGUCAAUCCACAGGAAAAGUUGUAACUCUCCAAGGAAGGUUCCAGAUUAUUUCAAUAUCUGGAACAAUUCACUCACAGACAAUGUCAGGGGAUGCUGGAGGGUUGAUGAUUAACUUGUCAGGAACUACAAGACAAGUGGUUGGAGGGAUUGUGAUUCCCCCUCUGAAGGCUUUGGGCUCGGUGGUGUUAUUGGUUGCUUCCUUUGAAAACUCUGAAUCUGAAAGAGUUUCUUUGGUGACAAAUGAAAAAGAUAUGCCUCAGUUGUUUAAUGAUAGAAGAUCAACAAAUGGGAUGAAUAAUAUGAUGAAUAUCGACCUCAACUUUCCAUCCUCCUCCGGUCAGGGUUGUAGUACUGCAACUGCAACUUCACCAUCCAAAUCUCCCGCUUCUAGCUAG